GAUCUGCGAAGUGUGUCGGUGAGUCACAGUCCUGUGAGUAAUUUUCUUGGGAUUUAAGGAAAAAUAACUUCGGACAUUGUCAUUUGAAAUAUAAUUCUCGCUGCGUUUAGUUUAAUUCCUGUGAUGUUUUGUCAUUAGAUGGGUUGCCAACAUAACCAGAAACCACACAUUUGCGUAUUAUUUGAAGUUUGAAUCUGCAAUAACUUCAAAGAGGGGACAAGUAUUGGUGUUGCCUAAUCUCACAAGAACAUAGCUGUGACAGACAGGAACCUGUUUUAUACGUUUUGCUUUGGAGAAGAUACACCGUCGUGGAGGGAAGGCUUCCUUGUUCAGUGUGGAAUGCUAGCGGACCGGUGGCGAGCCGAGGCUGAAGGAGCAUGGUGAAGCACCAACCCUUGCAGCAGGUCUAUGAGAAGCAGCUGUGUUUGUCCUUCCUCACUGGGAUCUAUGGCUGCCGCUGGAAACGCUACCAGCGUUCACAUGACGACAGCUCCAAGUGGGAGUGUGCAUGGUUCAUCAUCUUGUGCAGCACCUUCUCCUUGCUCCUCUUCUGGGCUUACUUCUGGUUGGAGGCCCACAAUGACUACAACCAAUUCAACUGGUUACUAUACAACCGUUCUGGGGAAUGGAAGGACGGGACUGUCCCCAUUCUGGCAACCACCGCAGUUGGCUUUAGUUACAUUACAUUUUUAAUGAUUUUAGCACUUUGUCAUAUUUCACUGGGACAGCAGCUGAACCUCUACUGGAUCCACAAGGUUGGUGUGUUGGCUGCCUUGAUCACCACUGUCAGUGGCGUGGUCUCCAUCGAUGACGUCUGGGGGGACGAAUGGGACAUCAUCCUCAUAUCUCUACAGUCCACAGGGCCUUUCCUGCACAUAGGAGCUCUGGCUGCCGUCACAGUGCUGGGCUGGCUAGUUGCUGAACAAGUGGUCCGUGCAGAGAGAACCAAGUUCCACAUGAUAUUGCUGCUGGUUUACCUGAGUGUCCUGCUGGCCCUCUACAUGGCUCCCCUUGCCAUCUCCUCACCCUGCAUCAUGGACAAGAACAGCCUCAAAUCUCGACCUGACGUCAUUGGACGACGGGGAGCGCCAAUGCUGGCUCCAGAGAACACCCUGAUGUCCUUCAACAAGGCUCUGCAGCAGGGGGUUAGCUCCUUGGAGGCCGACGUCACCGUCAGUCUGGACGGGGUGCCCUUCCUGAUGCGAGACCGCACCUUGAAACGGACCACUGACAUCGCCAAAGUCUUUCCAGACAGGCAGCACGAGGACGCCUCUCUCUUCAACUGGACAGAGAUUCGCUCUCUAAAUGCGGGGCAGUGGUUUUUGGAGAACGACCCCUUCUGGACUGUUGGGUCUCUGACAGGGAGGGACCGGAACCGGAUACGGAACCUGACAGUGUGUAGCCUGGUAGAGAUGUUGCGUCUGGCUGCCAGGGCCAACCGGUCAGCCCUGUUGUAUCUCCGCAGACCUCCCCCAGAACACCCACACUACAAGACCUGGAUCAUGGACACCCUGUGGGCCGUCCAGAGGUCUGGGAUAUCACAGAAGAGAGUGACGUGGACACCGGACACAGACAGGGGCCGUGUCAGGGGGCUGCAGCAGACCUCUUUGGAGAAGCUGUCAGUGGAGGAGCUCAGACACAGAGGCAUCAGCAGCCUCACCCUGCGCUACUCACAGGCCAGCAACAAGGACAUUCAGGACUUCUUGGCAAACAACAUGAGUGUGACGGUGUACCCGGUGAAUGAGCCGUGGCUUUACUCAGUGCUGUGGUGCAGCGGGGUGUCUUCUGUCUCCUCUGACACCCCUCAGGUCCUCCGCAAGGUGCCUUACCCCAUCUGGCUUAUGAGCCCAGAUAAAUACUGCUUGGUCUGGAUCACCUCCGAUCUAGUCUCCAUCGCCAUAGUUAUAGGAAUAUUCAUCUUUCAAAAGUGGAGGAUGAGUGGCAUGCAGAACUACAAUCCAGAGCAGAUCAUGCUGAGUGCUGUGGCGCGCAGGCCCAGCCGGGAUGUCAACAUCAUGAAGGAGAAGCUAAUAUUCUCAGAGGUAAGUAAUGGUGUGACCAGUACAGAUGAACAUCUAUAUCCAGAGAAUGGCUAUGACAUUGGGCAGUACAAGUGAGCUGUGUCUCUGUACCUGGAGAAUGGCCAGGACAAUGGUCCAUUCAGAUGAACUGUCUCUAUACCAUGAGAAUGGCUAUGCCAAUGUGCAUAGCCAAGUUGUCUCUGUACCUGUCUGCGCUGGUUGUGACAGCUACACUUAUGACGGCAUAACAUGGUGACCGCAACAGGCAGAAUCACAAUGGCUGCUACUGUAAACAUGGAUGUUUCUACCAACAUGUCGGAACUUUAAAAAGUUCUGAAUGUUCAAUAUUUUGAAGACUGUUGACCUUCUUGCUGGAGUGACUUUUUUAGAAGUUGUUCUGACGGAUCAUGGGAUGUUUUUCUUCGAUAAUUUGUUUAUAUAGCAGAGGAAAAGCGACCUGCUCUGGACAUUGAGUUGAGUUUUUCUGUUAUUUUAUUUUCCCUCAGAGGAUUUUCAUGGUUUGGAGUUCUGAAUACUAUGAUAUAAGACUGAAUUCACUAACAUGUGUGUCCUCUCCUA